AUGAAGGCCAAAAAAAUCAUCAAGGACAUCAACCACCCGACACACAGCCUGUUCAUCCCGCUGGCGAAGUCAGUACAGCGCCAUGGGUUAGCUUUAUUCCUCGUCCUAACUCUGUGUGGCAGCCUGUUCUUAAUCUACCACGCUGGUUUCCAUGGUACCACCAACGCGGCGGAGAGGUCCAGAGAUGGGAGGGAUGUAGCGAGAAGAAGAUGGCAGACUGAGCAGCAGCAGACCACCAGUACCCCACCUCCUCGCCCUACAGUCCUACAGGGAUACAGCGGUAUCAUCGACCACAAGCCUCUGAGAAUGCACUGCCAUAGCUGUGCGUUGGUCACCAGCUCUGGUCACCUGAUGGGUGGUGGUCGCGGCGAGGAGAUCGACCGGGCGGAGUGUGUCAUCCGUAUGAACGACGCCCCCACGGCGCUGGGGUACGGGCGAGACGUUGGGCGCCGCACCUCGCUACGCGUCAUCGCUCACUCCAGCAUGCAGAGGGUCCUGCGGAACCGCCACGAACUGCUCAACACAUCCCAGGACACAGUGUUUAUCAUGUGGGGCCCCUGGUCAGUUAUGCGGCGGGAUGGGAAGGGUCUGGUCUACAACAACCUGAGGUUGAUGAACCAGGUGCUGCCCAAACUAAAGGUCUACAUGAUCUCCAGGCAGAAGAUGCUGCAGUUUGACGAACUCUUCAAGAGGGAGACGGGCAAGGACAGGCGAAUCUCUAACUCGUGGUUGAGUACUGGUUGGUUCACUAUGACCAUAGCUCUGGAGCUGUGUGACCGGAUCAAUGUCUAUGGCAUGGUGGCUCCAGACCACUGCAGAGAGCCCCAGCCCCCAUCCUCCCCCUCCCCCUACCACUACUACGAACCCCUCGGUCCAGAGGAGUGUGCCAUGUAUAUCAGCCAUGAGCGGGACCGCAGGGGCAGCCAUCACCGCUUUAUCACGGAGAAGAGGGUCUUCACCAGCUGGGCUCGAACCUUCAACAUCCACUUCUACCAGCCUGACUGGGAGCCCCCGCCGCUGGCCCCCGCUAACCUCACGCAGGGGCAGCCAUCACCGCUUUAUCACGGAAAAAGGUUCUUCACCAGCUGGGCUCGAACCUUCAACAUCCACUUCUACCAGCCUGACUGGGAACCCCCGCCGCUGGCCCCUGCUGACCACCGCUAACCACUGAUCCCCGCUAACUGCUGACCCCCUGCUAACCACUGACCCCCUGCUAACCA